AUGGCUGACAAACUAACUUUAGAUCGUGCUGCCAUGAAAAACAUAGCUACAGCUCACCUUCGCAUAUAUGUUGGAGGGUUGAUGGAAGAUGAUACUUCAGUUGAAGAAGUAUACAAUCACUUUAUUCCAUACGGCUCUAUUGAUGGGAUCGUGAUUAAUAAAGUGUUCGGGUUUGUUCAAUUUCGAAACGAAUCGAGUGCACAAGAUGCCAUUGCGAAGGCAAAUGGGUCAUCGUUUCGAGGACGUACUCUAACAGUCAGAUCUGUAUUAAAAAACGAUAGAAAAAAGCCUGAGUCUGAUGUGGUCUCAAUAAACCCAGAAAUUCCGACAGCUGUUCCUCAUAUUGAUAAUAAAGUACCACCUGAAAUUGAUGAUAGCCAGGAUGAUCUGUAUGACAAUUUUGGCAACUAUAUAGGUGACAAAAAAGAGGAGGAACCUGAUGAUAGUUACAAUAAAGGCUGGAAUGAUAAUAGAGACCCACCCAUACGCGGCGGUCGCGGGCGUGGUGCACUGCGUGGUCGUGGUCGGGGUCGAGGCGCUCCAGCGUUUCGUGACAGAUCUCCUGUACGAGGUGGAGGUGAAUGGCCGGAAAGAGAAAGAUUUGACCGCUAUCCGGACUACCCUCGAGCUCUGCCAGUGCCAGAACGAAAUGACUGUGAAAUUAUAGUAGUUUCCAAAAUACUCACAGAAUAUGCAGAAUAUAUAGAGGGUCGGUUAAAGCGAUUAGGCAUAGUUGUUGACCUGCUAUUUCCUAUGGAAGAUGUGCCUAUAGGCAAGGUCUUAGGAAAUAUUGCAUCACGUGGUUGUCUGUACGCUAUUCUCGUUAUGCCACAGAACCAGGAACAUAGAUCACUUACACUGACCAUAUUACACGGCUUACCACAAGAGCACCGAAACAUGCCCCUAGAAGACGCAUUACAGCUGAUCUCCCGGAACUUCCAAGAAGUGCAGCGCGGCGGGCCAUCUGGUAGAGAAGCGGUAUAUGCUUUGUUAGGGCAACUGGCCGAUGGCAGGACAUUAACUGUUAUGCAGUAUGAUAAAGUUUUAGAAUAUUUACAGGAAAAGAGAGCUCAACAGGUUAAAAUAGAACUAGGCGAGCCUAUAACUCCAGCUGGAACAACCAACAAGACACAAGUAGACUUACAGCAAAGAAUCUUAAGUAUCCUGAAUGAUAAAAAAGAACAGGCUCCACCUGUUGCACCAACUCCACCGAAGCAGGAGAAAAAUAAACUACUAAAUGACCCUACUGUAAGAAAAGCAUUGGACUCUAUAUUACAAAAAUUCUCUUAA